ACGCUCUUCCAGAGCUCACACAGGCUCUUGGUGCUGUAAAGACUAAAGAGAGAAAGAGAGAGAGAGAGAGUGUGUGUGUGAGAGAGAGAAUUGCAGAUCUGAUAGUGUUACGGGUUCGUUGCUCUCCAUUUGUAGUUUCAAGCUCUGGGUUUUCAUCUGUUUGAGGUAUUGUUUAACCAUGAACAUCUUCAAGAAGAAAACCUCUCCCAAGGAUGCACUUAGAACGAGCAAACGAGAGAUGGCAGUUGCAACAAGAGGUAUUGAACGUGAGAUUGCAUCUCUGCAACUAGAGGAAAAGAAAUUGGUGGCAGAGAUCAAGAAGACUGCUAAGACUGGCAAUGAGGCUGCUACUAGAAUCUUGGCUCGUCAACUUGUUCGUCUGCGACAGCAAAUCAUUAACUUGCAAGGGAGCCGUGCACAAAUCAGAGGUGUAGCGACUCACACACAGGCAAUGUAUGCCAAUACUUCCAUCUCCACUGGGAUGAAAGGUGCAACUAAAGCAAUGGUAGCCAUGAACAAGCAAAUGGCACCAGCAAAGCAAGCGAAAGUGAUUAAAGACUUCCAAAUGCAGUCAUCACAGAUGGACAUGACGAUUGAGAUGAUGUCAGAGUCUAUUGAUGAAACAUUAGACAAAGAUGAGGCUGAAGAAGAGACAGAGGAGCUCACUAACCAGGUGCUUGAUGAGAUUGGUGUAGAUAUUGCUUCACAGUUAUCUUCGGCUCCCAAAGGUCGGAUUGCAUCAAAGAAAGUAGAAAAUACAGUUGCAGCAAGCUCUAAAUCUUCUGAUGUCGAAGAUCUCGAGAAGAGGUUGGCUUCCCUUAGACGCCUUUGACCGCCGCAUUACAUGCAAUGGCUUGCUCUGCUCGAUACAUAUAUUCUAUUAUGUAAAUUCUAAUUAGAACAGUGAUUAUAAAAUGUAUGAAAAGACACAUAUAUGUUUGAGUUGGAACACCAAAUUUUAUUCAUUCAAGAGCAUGAAUUUCCAUAC